GAAUUUCGACAGCGACACCUCAUCUGACCCCAUCGCCUCCACCCUUCGUAAAAGAAAACCCGCUAAAGGUGCACCGGAAAAUGAGCACGUGUCUUUCUAUAGCGGAGGAGUGCACAGUGGCAUUAGAAGAGUGUUUGGGGCGUAGGCCUGCCAGAUCCACCGAUCACGGACCUCCUGCCAUCACAGGUGCGUUCGACACAGAUGCCGUACCCAUUGCGUCGUCAAGGUCACACUCUCCUGCCGCGCCGCGUCACAGCACCGUCUUCUUUCAACCCCAUGACACAUUUCUGCAGGACAUUGUCGCCCAUACUGAGUUGCUCUCUCCGGAUAAUCCUGAGUUAGACGACUUUAUUGGCCCAAACGGCGUUGUCCCGCAGCUGCCGGCGAUUCCUGACAGCUUCGUGUGGAGCGGUGACGUCACAUCAGGCAGGACAAGUCGAUCGGAUAUCUUGUGUGACAGCGACUGCGAUGCCGCCGCCAGCGAUGACUCCUACGGCAACCGCAUGCACAGCACUAAAAACUUAUCAAAGUUGGCCUACGUCGACCGCUUUGCACCUCACCUCGGCGUGGAGCUGCGGUACAAUAUCACCAGCGGUUUUGCGGAGCUGGUGGCUGCGAGCGGCGAGGGUGGCUUCUCGGUUGAAGAGGCAGUGCACGGUUUGGCCGGCGUGCAGCAGCGGUCACAUUCCAUGGAAGAGGCGUGGCGCGUAAACACACCUUUGAAUCCUGAGGUAUUACGUUUGUGUGUGCAGGCGAGGGUGGCACGGCUUGUGCAGCGAAAGGGCUGGACAGGGGUUGAUGCGCCGACAUCAAACUGCACCUUCAUUACUGCCCUGACUCGCCCCCGACCAGACUCAGAAAAAAAAAGGGAUGCGGUACCGUCGACCUCGUGGCCUCUCCCGUAUGAGGGGAGCCUCCUUGUGGACGAAGACGUCGAGCUGGCGACAUACGACGGCAUCAAGUCUGUGUUGCACAAGGGCGACAUCGUGGUGGUGCUUGUCCCGCUCAGUUCCUUUUCCAGCGAAUGGCGUCAGCACUGCGUCACGCACACACAGAAUCCUGCGUCUACUGACGAUUUUGAAGCGGAGGUGCAGGAGGAGUUGAGGAAGCUGCCCGCGGAGUGGCGACAGCUGGGGUGCGUGCCGCAGCUAGCGCUCGUCGAGGACGUCUUCUGGGGAGAGAAUGUGGCAGAGUUAUCGCUGCAUCCGCCCAUGUUGCCACGCGACUACCACGGCAUGUCUCUGCAGUCCUUCCCCCGCUCCACUGUGGCACCGGAGGGGGACACAUUCUACGUGAAGAAGAUUUCGGGUAUUGGGGCAACGCAGAUGGAACUGGAUGCGGUGAUGGGGAUCCACCAAACACGAUUUGCUGAAACCUUAUUUGACCCGCGGCGCUCGGCAGAGAGCAGCGCCGCCUAUGUGCGGAGUGUGCAACAUGCUUCGCCCAACGCCGCGCCAGUUCUCUUGCAGAGUCGCCUGAACGAGUGGCAGCUGAGCGCCGUGAGGGGUGUGCUGCUCGCUGCGCAUCCUCCACUGGCCGCGGAGACGGACGCGGUUCGUGCGCCAAGCAUAGUGCUGAUUGAGGGGCCGCCUGGCACCGGCAAGACGCAGACCAUCGCCACCUCUAUCCUCAACAUACGGCACAGCAACCUCCGUGAAGGAAAAGGUGUUGGAAGGGUGCUGGUGUGUGCUCCGUCCAACUGCGCCGUAGAUGAGGUGGUGCUGCGUCUGCGUAAGCUUCUGAGCGACACCGACAGCAACGACGUCAACGGAGUAUCACGAGCGACAAUUCAAAGGUUAGAGCUGCUUCGCAUGGGUUCGAGGGACAAGGUUGAUCCGGCAGUGUUACAACUCCGCCCAUGUGUCUUACUGGAGGAUCGUGUGUGCGCAGAAAUGGAGAAAAUGGGAAUAUCGCGAGAGGAGCAGCCACAGCACUGGCGGCUGUGCAAGAAAUUGGAAAGUGAGCUGGUGAGAGACGCCGCUGCCAUUUUUACGACGUUGGGUUCGCUGCACCGCGUACUGAAGAAAAACCCGUCGGUCACCUUCGACGCCGUCAUUGUCGAUGAGGCCUCACAGUGCACGGAGCCGGCGGUGCUAAAGGCUUUGCGGGUCGCAGGUGAGCACAGCGCCGUUGUGUUGGUCGGCGACUCGAAGCAGCUGCAGCCCACCAUCCUCUCCAGGGAAGCGAGUCGGUGCGGCCUGCGCCGCAGUCUGCUGAUGCGCAUGCUGGCCUGCGGGCACAAGUCCUUCCUGCUGCGCACGCAGUACCGCAUGCACCCCGACAUCUGCGCCUUCCCAAAUGCGUACUUCUACGACUCGAAGCUAGAGACGCACAGCAGCGUACACCUGCGUGCUCGCGGCAGCGACAACGAAGCCCCCGGCUUGAUGAGCGACGACACGGCGUCCGCAGUGGCUACAGCGCACGAUCCGGCCAACUUGGCCAUCGCGCAGCGACUCGGCCGGUAUCCGCGCUUCAUCGUGAGAGACAUUACACACGGUGAGAUGCAGGUGGGUGGUGUUCGCUCCGUGUUUAACAAGGAAGAGGCGGCUGCCGUGGUGCAGUGCAUGCGGGAUCUGCGCACCUUUCUGCAGCUGUCUGAGGAGGACAUGGCGCCGCAGCUCGGCAUCAUCACCUUCUACAAUGCACAGAAGGACCUUAUCCUUUCCUUGCUGACGCCUGAGGAACUGGAGAGUGGGCUGCAGGUAUCCACGGUGGACAGAUUCCAGGGGAAAGAGAAGCGCAUCAUUCUGCUGAGCUGCGUGCGGACCUUGACAAACUCCAGCGCUGAUGCUGGAUUCCUCGCACACUGGAAUCGGCUGAACGUUGCGCUGACGCGCGCGCAGGACUUGUGCGUGUGCUUCUGCCAGUGCAGCUGGAUCAAGCGUUUGCGCAGCGGCACGGACACCGCAAGCGUCGCUGGUGCGGCAUGUGAGACGUACACGCUGACCACAAUCGACAGCACGAAGGAAGAGGUGGAGCGACAGCUGGAUGCGUACGAUCUGGAUCCGCGAGCGCUGUGCUCGAUGCUCGCACACGCGGAGGAGCACGACGUUGUGCGAGUUCGUCCAGUGCAGUGGUCGCCAUGUCAUCUGCCUUAA